AUGAACUAUGCUCUGGGUGGGAUGACAUGGGAUGAUGUGUCAUGUGCACUGGCCAAUAAUAGAACCACCUCAGCAGUCUGCAGGAAAACUUCUGCUUGGAUAAAAGCCCCUACUGGAAAGUCUUACAGGUUCAUCACAAGAAACUUCAUCAGGCAAAUGGAUGCUGAAUGGGCAUGCAAUAAAGUUGGAGGCACUCUGGCAAAUAUGUUCUCAAAAGCAGUGUACACAGCCACAGAGGGCAUUAGAAUGGGAGCCUAUGGAAAGACAUUUUACAUUGCUGGCAGUGAUCAAGUUCAGGAAAACAAAUGGCUCCUACCUGAUGGUACAACAGUUGAUUCAACCUUAAAAGCAAUUGACAUCAACCAACAAUGGAGAUCUGGAGAUCCUAAUGGGAAAACAGAGGAAAAUUGUGCUGGAGUGAAAAGCUGGAAAACUUCACUCACCAAAGAUUUGCAGUUCACUUCCUCGGAUCCCUUCUCUGAUAGCUAUUUUGAACCACAACCGUGUCAAGCCCAUCUUGAAUCCCUUUCCUUGGAGUUAGUUUUGAAUCACAACCAUGCCAAGCGCACUAUACUACGUCAAUCAAGCAAAAGCAAUAUAAGUGACAGCAAAACCAAAGGAUGA